AUGUAAACAUACUUAAGAUUUUUUCGAUUUGCAACUCAUCAAUCUGAUCCUUAUGUAGUGUUGGGAUUAAACAAAAACGCCUCGAUGAAUUAGAUUAAGGAUGCUUAUAUUGGUUUAUGUAAAAAAUGUAAUUGGUUGACAAUACAAGGUAGAUCAUCCUGACUUAAACAAUCAAGAGGAUGCCAGAGAAAAGUUCGCUCAGAUUCACGAGGCUUAUAAGAUUCUGAAACAAAAGAAAUUCUAUGAACAGAUUGACGAAGAGUUUCAGAAGAAUUAUUAGUAAGAAUUCAGAUUUACAAUUAAUAUAGUUAGGGCUAAUCAGAGGAGGAGUGCUUUAAGAGGGUCUUCGGAUUUUACUUCUAUGAAAAACCUUAGGAAUAUUAUAAACCUGAAAAUGCUCAAAAAAGAGCAGAUUAUUAGGAAUUAUUGCGAAAAUUCAAAAACCAAUAAUAAAACACUUAAGAAAUGAAGAACAGUGGCUUUCAUGAUGUUAAAAUUAAUAGAACUUUCAAUUCAGAUUCUAUCUACAGUACUUGAUAAGAUGAGUUAUAUAGGAUUCAGUGAUCACACUCUAUUGAAAGUCUUAUUAAUGUUUACUUUGGUUGUUUCAAUAACUAGUGCUUAUGUCUUCUUCUAUAAACGAUAAACUACUUACGCCAAGAACACUAUAACGGACUCGUAAAUUUUGAGAAUGCGAACUUUGGCUUAACUAAGAGAACAAAGGCAGGCAAAGGAGAGAUCAGAAUGAAGUUAUAAAAUUCGAUAAAGG